AUGGCUGCAGAAAAGAAGUCACCGGCACGGACAGAGCUUCUCAAAAUCAUCAAGAAAUAUUCAGAAGCGAGUGAAAAAGCAAACGCAGAAUAUGUUCUGACUACCUCACCAAUCUCGGAUAUCUCUUCGACACGCAUGUCAUCUAAGUCUGUUUCAACUUCAGUUAUGCCACUUUGGCUUCUGCAGGAUGCGUUUGCUGACCUUACUGUUCAACUUGAGCGAGAUCCAGAGUUAAUACACAUGAUUACGGCUGAAGAUCUCGCUCAGUUGAAGACUUGCUACCAAGCCUUGCUCACGGCAGCCUACUAUAGCCUUUACAUGGCUACGAAAAUGUCUUGUAGCUCUGAAGAGAGUUCAUGGAUAGGUGCAGCGCACUACAUCUUCCGACAAGGACUUGAUGAGAUAGGGGCGUUUCUGAAAGGAGAACCGAGUACAACGAAGCUUUACAUGUCUCUAGAGCAAUCUUUCAAGGAUUUUAAAGUCGAGAGCGAUGCCCAUAUUAGAUAA